AUGAGAGCCCGAGGCAUACGCAUCAUAACCGCGUCGGAUGAUCAUACGAUCAGCAUCCACUCUCUGCCAACGGGCGAGCUCAUACGCACCUUGAAGGGCCACAGAGGCGGCGUGUGGAGUUUAGCCGUGACUCGGAAUAUCCUCGUCAGCGGGUCGACUGAUCGGACGGUCCGUGUAUGGGAUCUAGACACCGGCCGCUGCACUCACACCUUUGGCGGUCAUACAAGCACCGUACGCUGCGUUGCGAUCGUGCGACCCGAGUUCAUCGAUGUCAAGCAAGACGACGGCACUACGGUGCAAGAGGAGUGGCCCAAACACCCGCUCAUCGUGUCGGCGAGUAGGGACCAUACGCUCAGGUACGCCGAGUUCCAUUCGUCCGUGGACGAAGGUGGUGCGGUGGAAGAUGAUACGGAGACGAAUCCGUACCACAAGCUGCUUCUAGAGGGCCAUGACGACGCAAUCCGCGGGCUAGCAGCGCGCGGGCGAACCAUAGUCUCCGGGGGCUACGAUUGCAUAGUGGGCGUGUGGGACGCCAUCACCGGCACCUGCAAGUGGGUCCUCGCCGGCCAUACAGAGAAAGCGCGCGUACUCGGGGGGAUGGACGGUACCGUACGGGUCUGGAACCUAGAAACAGGAGAAUGCCAACACGUGCUGAGGGGCCACACGUCCCUCGUCGGGCUCCUCUCCCUCUCGCCCUCUCUCCUCCGAGUCUGGGACCCAGACACGGGCGAUCACAUCGAGACUCUCGUUGACUCCUCACUCCGCCCCAGCGCCGUCACGUGCUCCCAGCACGACGGCUUCAAGGUGCUCGCCGGGAGCGACGGCGCGCUGAAGAUGUGGGAUGUCCAGAGCGGAAUGGAGCUGCGCGACUUGCUCCAAGGUGUGGUGGGCGUGUGGCAGGUUGCGUUCGAAGGCCGGUGGUGUGUGGCCGCGAGCAGCAACGUUAACUGUACGAUGUUGGAUAUUUGGGACUUUGCGCGUGAAGACGAUGCGGAGUGGAUUAGGGAGUCCCCGGACGCUGCGUAUGACGAGUAUAGCGAUGUAGAGGAGCAUUGA